GCCGUACUGCUCGAAGCUUCUGAAAAACGAGCAGGUGAUCUGGACACAUGAUGUACAGACUGCCAGGAUAAGCACUCUCAUGUAAUUAGAGCGUAGGAGCACGAAAGAUAAUUAGUUUCACUAUUUAAAAGCCCUGCUUUAAAGCGGUGUAAUGUUGGGUUAUAUUGAUUAAAGCAUUGCAAACUGGAGUUGGGACAGUCAGGACACGUGACAGUUUACUUUUCACUUUCAUUUGGUAAACUAACAGCAAUAUCAACAGGUAUCUGGAUUCAUUAAAGAUUCAUCCACACAAUCAACUACAUAUCUUAUUAAGAUGGAAAAAGUGAAUCCUGAAGCAUUUGAAGAUGCAAGGCACACCAUCAGAGACGUGUACAAGAAAGCCUUCACGCUCAUCAACAAGGGGCUGUCGGAGGAUGAGGCUGGUCGCAAGGAACAGGCCAUUGAUCUGUACAGGCAGGGGCGGCAGCAAUUGCUGAGGGGGGUUAGCAUCCCUUCCCAAGGGCCAGAAAACACAGGGCCUGCCUGGGAGUCCGCAAGAGAGAUGCAGGAGAAGAUGCAGGAGACCCUGAACAACAUCAGCACCCGGCUUCGAAUCCUGGAGACCGGAGAAGCCGCAGCAGCUGCUGGCUCAUCUAAUGGAAUCCCAGGUUCCUGUGCUGCUAACGGCAGCAGCUCUGAGAUUUUGUAUCCAGCCCUGCCUUCAAAGGAAAAACCCACAAGACCUGUGCCCCCUAAGGUUCUCUUUCCAGAAGGUGAUCCACCCGGUGCAGGAGGGAGCAAGGUACCCAGCGAGCUUCCGCCAGCCUACUCGCCCCAAGCAGCUGAGGGCCAUUACACCUUGUCUUAUGGGACAGACGGUGGGGAGCUGUCGAUGGUGGGGGGUGAUUUUUAUAGCCAGAACAACCGGCCACCGCCCAUGGAGAAUCUCGGGGCGGAUGGUGAGGAGCUGCUGCUGAUCCAGAGGGGGGUGCAGAUCUUCUUUGUGACUUCUGAGGGGCAUGUGACGGCCCCCUCCUACCCAGGGUACCUCCGCAUCAUCAAGUUCACUAGCACAGACUCUGUUCGAGCAGCCAACCAGCCUCCGGCCUUCCUGCAGGUUUGCGAUUGGCUCUACCCUCUGAUGUCUACAGCCUCCCCGGUCCUGCUGUGUAACACAGGAGUCUAUAUGUUCCCUGACGUGAUGGCACAGACGCCAGGGUCCUACGUUGGAGUGGUCCUGUCCUCAGAACUGCCAGACACAGAGAGAGCGCUCUUUCAGGACCUGUUGUCACAGUUGACAGACUUGAGGGUUCAGAUUUCAGAUGGAAGUUUAAAAGGAAUGGUUAAAAAGCCUGCAGAAGCAGCAUCGGACUCAAUUAACCUGAGCCAGAGGAUUCCCCUUGCUGGUCCUGAGGCGGAAACUGAGGAUAAAGAGGCCUUGCCAGAGUGGAGUGAAAAAGUAGCCCAUGGAAUUCUCACUGGUGCUUCGUGGCUUAGUUGGGGUCUGGUUAAAGGUGCAGAGUUCACUGGAAAAGCCAUCCACAAAGGUGCUUCGAAGCUGAGAGAACACAUCAGCCCUGAAGACAAACCAGCCCAUGUCAGCCCUACCAUGGCCAAGAGCCUGCAUGUAGCAAAGCAAGCAACCGGAGGGGCAGUGAAGGUCAGCCAGUUUCUAGUUGAUGGAGUAUGCUCUGUGGCCAGCUGUGUGGGAAAGGAACUGGCCCCUCAUGUGAAGAAACACGGCAGCAAACUGAUUCCAGAGUCUAUGAAGAGAGACAAGGACGGGAAGUCGAAUAUGGGUGGAGCCAUGGUGGUGGCAGCCAGUGGCAUGCAGGGGUUUGCAACAGUGUGGACAGGCUUGGAGGUGGCAGCAAAGAGCAUAGCUAAAAGUGUAGCAUCAGAGACUGUACAUACUGUGAAACACAAGUACGGUGCUGCUGCUGGCCAAGCUACAGACAACGCAGUUAACUCUGCCGUCAACGUUGGUGUGGCAGCAUUUAAUAUUGACAACCUGGGCAUCAAAGCAGUAGUGAAAAAAACAGGAAAGGAAACUGCCAGCGCCAUCCUGGAAGAUUACAAGAUUCGGGAAAAGCAAGAGAAGCAAUUGAAGAAAGAGGACAAAUAAUUUGUACUUCUUUCUUUUCCCCCAGAGCUUUAAUAUAUACAGUAAAUGUAAAAGUGUAAUUUAUAUUGUAUUUAAAUGUAAUUUGUGUGAAUACUAGCAAUACAAGAACAUGUUUGAUACAGUAUUAUUUGAUAGCAAUGUAAAAGAAACAAAAAGACAGUAGUUAUUGGACUCCUGUUAUUUAUGAAAAAGAUGUGCAAUAACUUGUAUAAAUGAAAACACAGAUUUGAUUUCCUGAGGUAAAUGGAAUUAUCAUCCUAUUCCAAAGUUAGACCACUGCUGACCUGAAUUUAUAACAAAGAUAAAACUACCAAAAAAAUAUAUAUAUUUAUAUAUUUUGACCAUGCAGUUUCUCUUCUGUCACUGCAAGUGUAGUGUUGAGAUAGCAGCCAGUGCCCAUAACCAUAAUUUACCAAAAUAAGCCUGCAUUCUGUAGAAAAGAACUACUUCAGAACAAGUGUUCCUUUAAAUGGUACAGUACACAAUUAAAAUACGUGGCACAGGAAAAUAACCACACUUGUCUAAUGUUUUGGGACCACUGAUAGAGCAUUUCAUUAUUUGACAAGGAAAAAGAGAAACAUUGAAAUUGCUUAAUUUAUUAACAAAAUAUGCAUUUACACUGAAGUCAGAAUGGUUAUUCCUGAUACAAAUGUAUUCACUGCAUUCCAAAGGAUUAUUGGUUUAAAAGCUCACUGCCACAUUUCACUGCUGCUACUUUCUCCAGUCUUGCCUGAGCCUGCAAAUGAAACAUAAGUUUGUCAUUGUUUUUGCAAUAGACACCAAAUAUGAGACUUUGUAAGUUUCCCCCUCCCCCCCCCUAUACCAACACAUAACCAUACUCUAGUUUUAAUGACAUGUUACUCUGAUUUUACACUUAAGCUUACUAUAGCCAAUAUACUUUUGAGUGAUUAGAGAAGACAUUUUGGGAGAUAAUUUUUCCUUUUAUUCUGAAUAUCCUUUUUGUGAUGCAUUGCCUAAUAAAGCAUUUUACUAAUUGUAAUAUUUAAUAAAGAUAAAUUGGUUUA